GUCCGAUUUUUACAAGAACGAGUUUGAACACCCUGCCCACGGUGCCGAUGGCGGCGCUGCUGGUGGAGCAACACAGUAUCGCGGAACGCGUCCUUGAUGUAUCUCGCGGCAGGCACACGCGAAUCUACUUGACGUACCAGUUACAGUAUAGUGAGAUUCGGCAAAACUUGUGUGUGGUACCAAAAGUGACAUCAGUGAUAAUUGCCAAAUAAAUACAUCUAUAAGUUGAAGCUCGAAGAUAUGCUUUUUGUUAUUGUAAAGAAGCUUGAUGAGUGAUCAAAAGAAUAAGGGAUGCUAUUCUAUUCCAUUCUACUGGAUGUCAGAUAAGCUGAAAAAUGUCUGGUGAUUCAGGAUGGAGCUCUGUUAUUCAACAUGCCUCAGAGAUAGGAUUGCAGACUUGGAAUUGGGCGGAAAACGAUGGGGAGCAAGAAAGAGAACUUCCUUCGACCGUUGAUAUGGAUGCCAUAAAAGGCGGUGGUAGCUGGGAUCCUGCUACUGAACCUAAUGGGACAGAUUCGGCCGACUCUGAAGAAGACUCCGAUUCUGACGACGAAAGCUCUGGUGGAACCGAAGACAGUUGUUCUUAUUCCGAUUCUAACUCAGAGUCAGACGACGAGAGUAGUGGCGACGAGGAGGAGGGAGACGACAGCGGAUCUAAUUCAGAUUGCUCCUCUGACCACAGCGAACAAACAUUCUCCAUUCAAGAAACUAACUUUGAACAAGGAGCAUUGAAAUUGAAGAUCACUAUGAAGGGUCCGAAGAAAGAAGAAUCUGAGAAGAUCAAGUGCGAGAAGGGCAGAAGGAACGUGUCGAAAAGAUUAAAAACCAAUCACGGGAACAAGUCCUCGGAAUGUAGCAGCGAAGACUCUGACUCGUCGACGGGCCGUAUGCCGUCACAGCAGCAGCAACAGUUGCAGCAGUACCACGCGUUACAAGAGAUCAAUCAGGAGGACCUGGCGGCGAUUUUACCGGCUCAAGAGCAAGAAGACGCGCCGUUUGACGGCUUCGAGGAUUCCGAGAGCGGUCGGCUGGUGUCAAAGGCGAUCGAGCGCAUGUCACUCGGAGCGGACUCGGAUACCAGUGAAAACGGCGAUCAGAAUCCGGUGCCGGUGUAUAGUUCCGCGCUACUGCAGCAGUUCGUGGAGAAAACCGCGCUGCUAUCGGAACCGCGCAAGAGGCGUAGCAAGCUGGGUAAGAAGCUGAAUGAUAAUGAGUACCCCUGCGUAUCGAAUGUGUCGCCCGAUUCCGGCAUUCAAUCGGUGGACAACAGUCCUCUGCACCUGGCGAUCAGUCCUGUGAGUCCGCUGGCGCAGACCCAGUCCCCGAUUCAGCCGCCGGUCGUUACUAAGCCGGCAGUGAAUGUCGACCGCGUUCUGUAUCCCCCUAAACGGAAACCGGGCAGGCCGGCGAAAACGUUAACCGCCAUGCAACCGCGUGGACCCGGUAGGCCGCGUUUGAGACCAGAAAUUGUCGAGAAGAAGGAGGCGGUAGCGACGACGGUGAGAAAACGCGGCAAGGCGCUACCGUACAAGAGCAGCACGCAGGCGUCGAGAGAGCGGAAGGAAGAGAACGCGCCGAGCAAGCGGUCGAUGAAGGGCAAGUCGAUGUAUCAGAAGAAACGCUACGGCGCGAAGCUGUCGCAAGAAAAGACUCAAGGAAUGAUGAAGAAAGCCACGACUAAUGUCCCGAUGCGAGUAAAGUGCCUGAGCAGGUCCACCGCGAGCAAGUUGCUGCCGCAAUGCGACGGUAGAACCUGCAGGAAAGUCAGACAGGACCGGACGGUUGCGCCUAACAGCAAGAGCACAACUCCGUUGACACGACAGAAGCAGACGUCCUGCGAACAGGCGGUGAGCAGCGCCGGCAAGAGGAGCUCCAAGGAGAACCGCAAUAAUGCGUCGAGGAAGCAGAACUUGGCGAAGAAAGUCGCGCCGCCGACCAAUACGAGACGCGUACUGAAAGAGAACAAGUGUAACAAGAAGAGCACCGGGCCGGCCUCCGGUUUCUCCGAGAUAAACGUCGGCGUGGGCGUGCAGACGUUGAUCUCCGUGCCGGUCAGCGACAUGCUUAAGGCGGAGCAGGCGACCAACGCGAAAUGCGACAAGGCGACGCAGCCGGUGCAGCACAACAAUUAUUGUCACAAGCAUCAUCAUCACAAGCACCGGCGGAGAAUGCUGGCGCCGCCGAAGAACCCGAUCCGCGUGAAUCCGUGCAUCAUUCAGGAGAUGGAGAAGCUGAUAGAGGAGUUCGCGAGGUCGUGCAGCUUGGGCCGGAACAACGUCGGCACGAACCACUCGGAACUGCCGCACAUCUUCCGCGUGAAGAAGCUCACGAAAAAGCGGAAAGGCGGCGACGUGAGCGUCGGCGACGAGCAGAAACUGAUGAAGCGUCGGCUGAAGAAGGAGAAAGUUUUCGCCGGCGCGGACUCGAAAAACAGCGCGAACACCAGCACCAGCUCGAACCCGAACGAGCAGAGGUUACCGCUGAAGAAGCGUCACUAUCACGUGUCCAGCCCUCAUAGCUCGCAGAGCUCGAACGCGAACAACUCGACGGAGAGCCAUAUCGAGGAGGCGAUCGAGGCCACCAUCACCAGGUACGGCGGCAGUUCGGCAUCCUCCGUGCAUGAGGAGGCGGUGCCGGUGACGCCGAAGAAGCGGCUCCGCGAUGCGGACGGCGUGACCUCUAACAAACAGGGCGGCAGCGACGAGGACAAGUCCGCUGCUCAGUCGGAGGUGCAGCCGCGUCGGAAGAAGAAGAUCGUCAAGGAUCUUCGCGUCACCGUGACAAAGUUACCAGCCGAGGGCCACAGUGGAGCAGCUAUCUUCGACAAAUCCGCCGAGAAGAGUUCGAAGACCACCGUGGAAAAAUCUAGCAAGUCCGAGAAGACGACAUCAAUCAAGUCGGCCGACGUCGAGCACGUUCGUGCGGAGAAAAGUAUAAAGGUUGAUUCGGAGCUGCAGGUAUCUGAGGCGCUUGACGAUACCGAGACCGUCGGCGAGAGCAAAGCGGCUUGUGUCGGCAACGCGAGUGUGCCGAAUCUUAUGAACAACACCGCGGCGGCGAUGAUGCUCACGAAGAAGAAAAUUCGGCGGCGGAAGGCCAUUAAUCGCACAGGUUUUCCCACUCUGAAAAAGCGGAAGAAGAAGAAGGAGACCGGUGAUUCUUCCACCGCGGCCAAUUCCGGAAUCAAUUCCAAGAUGAUGACUCUUGUUAGGGCGCUCUGCAAAGUUCAAGGUAUAGAGAGGCGUUUUGUGAUAGCGGAGGACACAAAAUUGUCCCUGAUAGAUGUCGAUGACCGAGAUGUUCUUGCGGGGAACAACGAAGAGGAGAAAGGGCACGUUGCUCGAGACGACGUGAAGAACUUCGACAAUUCCAGCACGGCGCAAGAGACGUCCAGCCGGAGCGGCUCAGACGAGGUCACCGAGACCUGUGCUGGUCAAUUGAGGGUCCGCAAAGACCUCGUCGAGUCCGACAGCAGCGUACUGUCCGACAAGCUGUAUCCGGUCAAGUUCGAGAAGCUGCAAGACUGUCGUGUCUACGACGAGAACGUGUCCUUGGAAGAGACCCUGGAGCGGUACAAUCAGAGUCAGCGCAUCGCCGAGCUCAGCGAGGAAAAUCUUCGAAAGCUGGAGCGUGCGAACGCGCAAACAGCGGGAGUUAAGAUGGAACUAUCCGGUUGUUUCAACAACAAUCAUAAGAGGAGGAGGGGCUCGGCCAGUCCCUCCAACUUAUGUCUGAGGAAAACGAAGAGACUGAGGAGUGGCGGCUACGACACGGAAAGCGAGGCGCCUCCCAGUAGCGAUGUGGCUAGCGAGGAUCAAGAGGUGAGGAAGUCUGUCGGUGUCGUGCAUAAUCGAAAGAAUCGAUGCUCGAAGUCGCGAUGGAAGAAUCAGUUCUUCGAGCCCAGUUGCUUAUUGCCCGACUACAAUUCCAAGGGCAGAGAUUGCUUUAUGCAGCACUGUGACGCAUCGCACAACGUCUACCAUAACUGCGGCAAGCUCUUGCGACAGAGAAAGAUACAGGGCCAAUUGCAGUACGAACAAAUACAGUGGUUGGAAAACAAGCAACGAUCUUUGAGCCAGCCGCAACAGAAGAGUCAGAAAAAGGUGCCAUCGUGGAAUUACAAGAAAAUCCGAACAAAUAUCUAUUACGACGUGAAACCGACCACUUUGUACGAGGCGCAGGCCUGCGAGUGUAAGCCAGAAAGUGGCUGCGGCGAUGACUGCAUCAAUCGAAUGGUAUUUAGCGAGUGCUCGCCGCAACUAUGUCCUUGCAACGAGAAGUGUAAGAAUCAGAAGAUCCAAAAGCACGAAUGGUCGCCCGGACUGCUGAGAUUCAUGACCAAGGAUAAGGGAUUGGGAGUGAAGACGCAGCAUGCCAUCAAGUCUGGCAACUUCAUCCUCGAAUAUGUGGGUGAGGUUGUGUCGGAACGGGAGUUCAAGUCUAGAAUGGCGACCAGGUAUGCCAGUGACACGCAUCAUUAUUGUUUGCACUUGGAUGGCGGAUUGGUGAUCGACGGUCAUCGUAUGGGCGGUGACGGCAGAUUCGUGAAUCACUCAUGCGAGCCCAAUUGUGAAAUGCAAAAAUGGAGUGUUCACGGAUUACCGCGCAUGGCAUUGUUCGCAUCAAGGGAUAUCAAACCAGGCGAGGAGCUGACAUACGACUACAAUUUCGCGCUGUUCAAUCCAUCGGAAGGGCAGCAAUGUAGAUGCGGUAGUAGCGCUUGCAGAGGCGUUAUAGGUGGUAAAAGUCAAAGGGUAGCCCGCAGUAUCCCCGCGCUACCAGCGCAAGCAGAAACCACCGAGAGGAGGACGGUUGGCAGGCCGCGGAAAAACGUUCGAAAGUCGAAUACGGUGCAGUCAGCGAACUCGAAGAGCCUUUGCAAGUCUCGCAAGAUGGGAGACACAACCUUGACGCACGCGCCGCAGUUGAGACCGAUGUCUUAUCAGCAGCGGUGCUUCGCGCGGGAGCAUCAUUGCUUCCUGCUGCGGAACCUGGAAAAGGUGCGGCGGUUGAAGUCGUCGGUGCAGCAGAUGCAGGUACAAAACGGGAAGACGAGAUUCAGUAACGUGAGCGCGAUGAAGGAGAAGGGUGCCGGCGACUCGAAGGCGCAGUCCGAUGCGUUCUUUUCGCAAUUAACCGCGCUGACGAACACAAACGCGCGAACGGUGCGAACGCGUAGACUCGCACAGGCGCAGGAUGAUCCAGAAGUACAUAAGACUGCAAAAUUAGCUAAGGUAUUGAAAGAUCUGUACACAAUCGUCGCAACGGCAAAUGACGAGAACGGUCAGCUAUUGUGCACGCCGUUCAUGACCUUACCUUCUAAGAGGAAAUUGCCGGAUUAUUAUGAGAAGGUCACGGAGCCCAUCGACUUGAGCAUGAUAGACCAAUGCAUCGGCACCGGUCAUUAUAAGACCGCGGAGCAUUUCGACCACGAUAUGAUAAGAUUGUUCGACAACAACGUGAGGUUCUUUGGCAGGACGUCUGAAAUUGGCAUCGCCGCGGCGAGGCUGCGAAAAUUGUAUCUAGGAAGCAAGCCCGACUUCGUGAACGCUAUAACGGAAGCAAUGGGCUCCCCACCGUCGCAGGGCUUCUUACCACCUCGUGGUUCCACGGCUGGAGAAGAGGAUGUUAUCAGAUGUAUUUGUGGAUUGCACAGGGACGAAGGCUUGAUGAUCCAGUGCGAACGAUGUCUCGUUUGGCAGCACUGCGACUGCGUAAAAGCGGAUACCAGCAUUGAGUCUUACUUGUGCGAGAGAUGUCAGCCGCGCGAGGUCGAUCUGGAGAUUCCAUUAGAAGUAGAAGUCUCAAUGGACUGCGACGACGAGGAAAAAGGCAAGAAGCAUUACGUGACGUUACUGCGAGGUGAUCUACAGCUCCGACAAGGUGACACGGUGUAUGUUUUGAGGGACACACCUGAGAAGCAUACUUACAAAACCAUACAGAAGCCCGACUAUGAGCAGAUGGACAUUUUCAGAAUCGAACGUCUCUGGAAAAACGCAGCGGGCGAGAGGUUUGUGUUUGGGCACCACUACCUAAGACCUCACGAAACAUAUCAUGAGCCGUCGCGGAAGUUCUACGUGAACGAAGUCGUAUGUGCUCCAUUGUACGAAGCUGUCCCUUGCGAUCUCGUGGCCGAGCGUUGUUGGGUUCUCGAUCCUCAUACGUUCUGCAAAGGUCGUCCGGUAGGUUCCACUCCUGAGCACACCUACGUGUGCGAAUAUCGUGUCGAUCGUGCGGCGCGGCUUUUCACGAAGGUAUCUCGAGCCAGGCAUCAAGUAUGUACGAAACCGUAUGCGUUCGAAACCUUCCCACAGCGUAUAAAGCAUUAUCGCACCUACUUGCCACACAGCCUCGACGGAAUCCAGCUCGGCAAGAAGUUCUUGUUGUCCAAGGACAAAAAGAAGAAUAACAACAAUCACGAAGACGGGAAUCAAAAAAUGGAGUCCGGCGACAACGCGAAGCCGCACAAGGAGCACAAGUGCGCUGGCAGUAAUAGAACCAGACAAAAAUCGGGAUGUGAUAUCUUGACGAUCGCAUCAUCAUCUACAACGUAUCUUCAGAGAGAAGAUCAGAAGAAACGACUGAAUAGCAUCCUUCUGCAUCUACUGCAGAAAAUGCCGAAUAAAAAAGAUCCGUUAGACUUGUCGUUCCUCCUAGAAAGGAACAGACGAAACCGAAAAAGACCAGGCGGACUCAAUCCGUGACAGUGGGUAAUAUCGCAUAUCGGAUAAUAUCGAUGCUGUACAUAAGCUAAACGAGCUCGUGUUAACUUCACAAUCUCAGUCAGAAUAAUCUAGACUAGAUUAGACGGUCGAUCCUUUCUAAACUCGGUUCUACUGUAGAUUAAGAUCACUGUAAACCUUCCCCUUUAAUGAGGAAAGCAUUAGAGAAAAGCGAGGAAGCGAGGAAGGAAAGUGUGUCUCCUCUUCGUACAACCCGUCCAUAUGAUAUAAUUUAUAUCGAGAUCGUAGUGGAGAGUAAUAAUAUUCGUUCAGGGUAGACGAUCGUCAAUCGAUAUUUUUCUUACGAUUUCUUUUUUAUCCUCUUAUCUUUUAUAGACGAGGCUAGAUAUCGUGUAUUUACUCAGUUUGUUUGCUAGCGAAUCAAACAUUGUUGACUCGUGAUAAUCAAUCAGAAGCCAUGUUACAAGUAAUUUAUAGGUACUCCGAAUACAAUGUACCAUGUUCAUUGAAUUCUGAUUAGAGAGUAUUUAACAGAAAAGAGUUAAUUGAUCGUUUCUCCCGAAACGACGAGCUAUUACGGUUAUAAAUAUAAUUACAAAUUGCAUACUCUUGUAUAGAAUCAAUUAUUUAGUUUUUGUUCGUAGCAUUAAUAUAGCUAAAUGUACAAAUUACACGUGAUUACACAGGACAAAGAGAUCGUCAAGAGAAUAAAAACGUUAUGCCCAGUGUGCGAGUAUGGGAGGAAUCAAUGAAUAACGCGCACAUGUGUUUGUAUGUAUGCGUGUACGAGUAACUGAUGCUUUAUGGCACAAAAAGUAAUAUUAUAUUUUUCAUAAUCCGGGUGUGUGUUAUUCAAAUCAAAUAUAACAUAACUUCCUGCAGUUUGUGAGAGAAUCUUUACUAAUAUUUAAUUUAUUGAAUAUUGAAUUAUUGCAACAGAGCGACUGGACGGCGAUCGCAAUGAUUCCAAUAUUGUACAUAUGUACUCGCAGCAGGGCUCCAUAUUUAUUAUUGCAUUACACAGUAUGGUAGAUACAUAUAUUAUGAUUAAAAAAACACCUUUCAUAUUUACUUCUUUUAUUCUUCUUUUCGUUUUCUAUUAAACUAUGCCAUAAGGUAGAUUUAUAUUUACGAAAAUUCCCAUUACGUUUACAUCGACGUAAGAUGAAAGUGUAUGUAUAUAUAUAUAUGUAUAUAUAUAUAUGUAUAUAUAUAUAUGUAUAUAUAUG